UUGAAAAUGCACGCGUUGGAUAAUGUGCGCUAUGGAGGCCUGAUAUGAUCGCCUCAUUUCCCAACACCUUGCUUUUCGUUUCUGCUGCAUUUUUUGAACCGUUAUGCAGCAUUCAUUGGUCACCAUAAAUACCUUUCUUAUCUGAAUGGACCACCUAAAUUAGGCUGUUUAUCGCGUAAUACUCUAGCCAAUCCGCCAACAGAAUCCUGAACCUCAAGAUUUGGAAGACUGCGAAGUGCGAACCUGAGUAUUUCCAAGAUUUAAGGAAUUCUUCCUUUCACUUUUCAUUUGGAUGCUCCACUUUCGCCAACACCCUCCUAUUGCAACUCCGUUCAGAGUACUUGGGGAAAACUCAAACUUUACGUUAGAUAUUACUGUGACGAUGUCACUGCAUCGUCCAUUAUCACGAAUUUGGGCUCAACCAUCUGUUGCCACUUGGAAAACACUGCGUUUCCAACAACAUUAUUGCUUUAAUGUUUGUUACUUGUCUUAAUUGCACACUUGAACUGGAAGAUGGAACCGGCAUUUAUCCGGCCUCCAUCCAGCCGCAUAUCCCACUGUGUCCGCAUACACCGGCGACCAGUGUCCUGUAUCAGCAGUAUAUUAUUACUGGGAAUUAUCUUGUCGAUGCCGUUUGCAUCCGGACAAACACUGCUAUCUCAACAAGAUAUCCGGUCAUCUGGAAACACAACAUGGCAGCUGACACAGAGUCCGUACCGUGUCCAGCAGACGCUGGUCAUUCCCAAAGGAGCUCUUGUGCUGAUAGAAGCCGGUGUCCGAUUGGAAUUCCUUCCGGGCACGGGAUUACUCGUCCAAGGGGCACUGCGCGCCACGGGAGAACCACAGCGGCGUAUCCUAAUGACAUCCCACACAGCACCGGCCUUGCCACGUGUUGGUGCUCCCGACCUAACCGUGCUUCCCACUUUUAAUGACGAAAUUUUAAAUUUUCACCGCCAAAUUCGACUGGUCCGAGGCACCAGCCCGGCACACGGUCAGAUCCAGCUAUUUCAUCGCAACAAAUGGAGGAGUGUGUGCACGCAUUCAUAUAACUGGACAGCUGAGGAUAUUCGAGUCGCAUGUGUCCAGAUGGGAUAUCUAGAGGGACUGUUUGAUGCAUGGAUUGAUCAUGCUAACGAUACCGACUAUAUGCUACUCCAACGACCCAGAUGUUCUGGAGUGGAAGGCAGUCUCAUGCAGUGUGCCGAUUACAGCAGUGUCCAUUUGGGCAAAAGAAUUUGUGAGGGUCAUCCGGACAUGUUGAUUCGAUGUUUACGCCAUUCUUCCCCUAUUCAAACCCGCCACUGGAUGGGCAUACACUUUGCUAAUGCUUCGUAUACAACCCAGUUUCCCUACGGCCGGACACUGGAAGUCAAUGUGACUCAAUCGUUAUUGCAGCACGUGGACGUUUACUAUGCGGGAUCCGGCCCUAACGGCCAGUUAAGCUCAGCCAUCGAGGCAAUUGGGGCGCCACCUAUUGUCAGGCAUUGUACUGUCCAGUUUUCCGCUUUCAAUGGGCUUAAUUUUACCCAUACAACCGGGUCCAUUCAGAUUUAUGAAUCCAAAUUCAGAUGGAAUAAAGGCCAUGGUAUUUCGAUUAAUUCCACCGAGGGGAAUAGCACUAUUCACAAUGUCAUUUCUGAGUAUAAUGCCGGCGAUGGAAUUCAUUACGUUCACAACGACACCUUCUUUCAACUUCCGGACAAUUUCAAUUUCUGCACCAGACCACACUUGGGCAUGAGUCAGUCGUAUCCUGUUUAUGCUAGCAUAAAUCGACCUGGUCGAAUGUCCGCGCCCACUGAAGAGCAAUGCAUACAGAAAUUUAUUGUCCAAGAACCGUACAUCUUCACUGUCCACUUUCUCCUGGUGGAAGCGUCGGGAACAAACAGCGGCUACUUGGAAGUGCGCGAUGGCGUUGACCCCUACUCGCCACUACUCGGUGUUGUGGAAAUUAAAAACGGCACACGCCCGGAAAGUGUCAGCACGAACGGCAACCGCCUCUGGAUCCGCUUCCGGUCCAAUCCACGCCAUACAAUACGGCUCAACAUCAAGAUUACCGCUGGUCUAACGAAAGAAUACGAUCUGAACGUGACCAACAGCAUGAUCACCGGCAACCAGGGUCGCGGUAUCAGCGUCACCAAUAUGCGCAGCGGAGUGAACAUCGAACGCGCCACUAUCCAGGAAAAUACCUACCGGGCGGGUGUCCAUGUGGACGGCGGAGCGGGUGAUGUUAAUGUCACUUAUUCAUUGAUUACCAAGAACACCGGCGAUGGUAUCAACGUGACCUAUGUGGGAGGCAGGAGAAACAUUACCAUAUCGAAAAUCACCCAGAACCAGAAGCGCGGCAUUGCCGUCGGAUUCAACGAAACCUACCCGAUCCGGUCGUUCGUCCAGGAGACGUACGUGGCGCAUUCCUUCAUCGAGGAAAACUGGUUGGGUGGAAUUUUACACGGGAAUUUCUGUGCGCACGCCAGUAUCGUUAACGUGACAAAUACAUCCUUUGCCGGGAAUCAGAACACCGCCGUCGAAGUGUGGUCGUGCUUAACGCCCAACCACACCUACGAUAGGAAUACAAUGCUGUUUCUGUUGGAAUGGAACACCUUUCAAGACAGUAACGCGUUGGCCCUGAAAAUCAAACCAGCGGCAUUUAUUUCCGCCCAUAUUGGUAAUAACACAUUUGUGCGGCAUCGGCGCGGUGUUGUCUGGAUUCAGAAUAUGAACCAUCCUUUCGAUAACGAGUGGGACCAUCUGCCGGCGGAUGUGUCCAUCGGGGACAAUAUUUUUUCCUCGAACGAGGGACCGUUUGUUGUACUGAUCGGUUUGAGUGACACAGCUCCACAGCAAAACGGCCAGUUAAAGUACAAUUAUUUUCGCGAUAACAUCAUCAUUCCCGCCACCGCUCAUGUCCGCCGGCAUCAGUCGGAAGGCGUCGUGAUUAUCGGUUCCAGUAAUGUUGUGGUCGCACUGAAUUCCUUCGAUAAUCCUCGCAGUCCAAUUUGGCUGGCCUCCCAUUUGCGGCAUCCGGGAAAGACUAUUAACGCAACCGCCAACUGGUGGGGAACCAUCGAUGAAAGUGUUAUUUACACGCGGAUAUUCUCGGGCAAAGACCGUUACGAUAUUGCCAAUGUGAUUUUCCGGCCAUAUUUAUCUCGACCCGGCUUAGUCGACCCCGAACCUAUUGCUCCGCCCCCGGAACACCGUCCCCAAUUCGUUCGGGGCAAUGUCAUUGGGGGCAUCUAUGGCGACCGAAUGAACUCGAUCUCCGGCGAAUACAGUGCCGAUUCCGAUCUCAUAUUGCAGCCAAAUUCGAUUUUGACUAUCCGAGCCGGAACCCGUUUGCUCUUCGAUGCCGGUAUCGGGAUUUUGAGCCAAGGGAAAAUUGUUAUUGAGGGCACGCUCCAGAAUCCAGUGACCUUUGAAAUGAAGCCACCCGCACGGUUUGGCGGAUUCAGCAACGAGAGUCUGGUGCGGUUAGUGGGUGGUCCCAGCCAGUUCGAAGGCCGACUGGAGGUGUUUGUCGAUGGGGAAUGGGGCAGCGUGUGCAAUGAAGAAUGGACGAUUAAGAACGCCGGCACAGUAUGCCGACAAUUGGGGUUGGCGCACGCUCCGGAAGAUUUCGCCGGUGGACUUCUACACUACGGUCCAGGCGCCGGUCCCAUCGUCCGCAGCAAUGUCCAGUGCGAUAACUGGGACUGGGAUAUUAUAAAAUGCCCGCAUUAUGGAGUGCACGAACAUGUCUGCACGCAUCUGCAGGAUGUUGGAGUCAGGUGCCGACUACCGGGCUGGGCGGGGAUGCGCAUGCCCAUCACAGCGGAACAGAGUAUCAUCGAACACGCGGUGUUUCGACAGGCCGGUGUUCUGGAUUUCGAUACGCAGUCGGUGUCGUCGGCACUGCAGAUUGACUUUAACGUGAUGCACCGGGUGCGGAACUGUGUUUUCGAGGAUAACGCCAAUGCCGGUCUGGUUAUACUGAAUAAUCAUCUGCAGUCGGGCCAGAAUGUGGUGCAGGGUGGGCGGUUUCGGAGAAAUUCCGGUUCGGGUCUAGUCACUUACAGUCCCGGUUUGAUGGUGGUGGAUGGAGAGUUUAUUCAAAAUGGGCGCAGUGCAUUUCUCUAUAAUCCCAAACUUACGCGCUAUCAGCAGCGAGAAUUCGUUGCAUUGGAGAGAAAGAAUAACUGGCGGACAGUGGUCAUUCCUACACGCGGUGUACAGUUGAGUAUGCAGGUUGAUCCUCAUCAAGAAAUUCUGAUCAAAUCCACUAACAAGCCUCAUGAAGCUAAUCAAAGCGUGUUAAUUGAAAUGGUGAUAAAAGAUAUGGGCUAUGUUUUCGGCCUUCAAGCGCUGAAUCCCCCGCUGCGUGGAACAACCGAAACCAUGAGAAUCUUCAAUGGGGAUCCAAAAUCAUCCGAUGUGGAGAUCUGGCUGCUGGAUGAACGCGUCAACCAUUUACCGGCAACCAGCGUGUCUUAUAAAAUCGUUGUCGAAUAUCACAGUGGGCCAAACCCAUCCGGCAACAUUAUCCUCCAACUCACACCUGUCCGUAGAGAUUUCGCUGUUGACCGGCAGCAUGUGAUUUCCUUGGAAGGAUGUAGCUUUGACAGGAAUAAGCGAGCCAUUGAAAUGAUUCACUAUGACCUUUUGGAUCAGCACGAUAAUCCUUUUGAGUUUCCUCGCCGAUUCAACAACGAAAGCAUUCGCAUCCUAAAUACCAAAGUUAUGCAGUCGAUGGAUGAAGGCUUGAAGGUGUCCAACGUUCAGCCGUGGAUAAAUAUUAUGCGGUCGUAUGAAAGCGCCGAAUUUUAUUUGUUGAAGUCGUUGGCACAAAUCUCGUAUCUUAUUAAUGGGACGACUUUCGGGCAGAAUGGCGCAGGGAUUUCUUUUGUGAGAGAAGGUUAUAUGAACGUCGAAGCAUCCGGCAACAUUUACCAGUGGACAAUUACGCAAAGCGCAAUUGCCGACUCCACCGGACCCGCUUUCACGCUGGAUUUUCCCGUUUCUUUGGGCAAACGCAACUACGCCAUGUGGGAUAAACGAUAUAUGCGCGCCGAAGCAUUAAAGCUAGAAUACGAUCAAAUGAUGGAAAAAUUCUGGCAGAUCGCCUUGGGCCAGUUAAUGUACGGCGCCACCUAUGAUUUUCGCUGGAUGGAACAGGAACAUCUUCGCCGUCUGGGUUACGCCUCGUUCCAUGCGUCUACCGAAAAUCUCCCGCCUUUUGCCGUACAUAGUCUACAGAUGAAAAACAACCGCAUCACUGGGAAUCGUAACACCUACGCAAAAAUCGACGGGGACUUUGUGCGGAUGAUUUUCAGCGGUAAUGAUGUCUCACGUAAUUUGUGUCCACCUCAGUGGGGUCUGCUAAAAGUGUCGGGAAUGGAGAAAGAGCUCAUUAUGGGGGAUAAUGUCUUUGUGGAAAAUCAGUGCCGGUUCGUGGUGGAAUUCGAUAUCUCCAGCCAUACUGCCAGUACCGGGCGGGUGCCGGCUAAUUUCGUCCGCAACGAGUUACGCGCCAACCGCGGCAAUGUUAGGCGCACUGCUGUCGUCCCGGAUACGAAUCCCAACAGCUUUGGCGUGGCGGUGAAGGGUCUCCAGCGGGUCAACGUGACGCGAAACAUUCUGGAAAAUCCCGCGAUGGACUACGAACUCAUCUCCGGGUUGUUGACGGACCAGCUGGAUAUGGAACUGGAAGUGCGGGAGAACUGGUGGGGUACGCAUAAUGUGACGAUUAUUCGCGGACGGAUCUUUGAUUUCGACGACUGGAACUGCUAUGCCCAUGCGCAGUUUGUCCCUUUUCUAUCGGCACCCACGCGGGAUGCUGGUUUAGUGGAGAAUGUGAGAACGGCACCGGUAGCCUCACCCGAAGCACCUACCGUUCUCGGAGGGCGGUUACAAGAGUCCAUGGUUUUGAAGAAGCGACCAGUGCCGUAUAUUGUCAAUCGGGAUUUGACCAUUUUACCGGGAGUGACGCUGACCAUUGAAAGCGGAGUGCUGAUGGAAUUUUUUCCGAACGUAGGGAUACUGGUCUUGGGAGACUUGCAAGCUGUUGGAAGAAAAGGCGAUCCGGUAGUUUUUAAGCCGGUCUCGCGGUCGCUUGCCCAGCGGGCGCUGUUCCCAGCUGUGCUAUCACAAAUAAAGUACACAACCGAUCUGGGAAACGUCCGAUUAUUUGGAGGCCUGCAACCAACGGAAGGUUAUUUGGAAAUCUUGAAUACAACGACGAACCAAUGGGUACCGAUAUGGCAUGCCGACUUCAGCAUCCGCGAUGCGACUGUUGUCUGCCGGCAUUUGAACUUUCCCGUGGACGACGUGCAAGUGUGGCGUGGGCCGCGGGUGGAAGACUUCAGCUACGUGCGCACAUGGCUACGCCCUUUCUACUGCAUUGGAAACGAAGCGCGAAUACAGGACUGUGACCUGCCGUUAAUGGACACCGUUGUCCCGGCCAAAGAACAGAUGAAAGACCUUUUCAUUUUUAUGCGCUGCCAGGGCCGGCACAUCCCGAUGGAUUCGGAGUACUGGGGCGGAAUUCGGUUUGCCAGGGCCGAUAUGGAGUUGGCGGAGAACGGUCCGGAUGUAUCGGUCUUGGAAGACGUCGAGAUCCUGGCGGCCGGUAUGCUGCAUGGACAACGAGCGGCAGGUGCAGUGGAAAUCAUCCACCGUAAUCCGAAGAUCGAGCGCGUGAAGAUUGCCCGCUCCGCGUCCAACGGAAUAACCGUGAUUAAUCCGACUGGAAACCUAGUACUGCACCAUACAACCGUGGACAGCAGCGUGCUGACUGGAAUCAAUAUUCUCUUACUGCAUGGUGACCUUAAGGGUGACACGGACCUGUCGACAUUCGAUCCGGUGCGACAUCGGCCUCAGAUUGGCAUGGGAUCCUUACCUCCAUUAACGGCACAGUUUGCAGCCGGCAUUGCUCUGGGAGCGAAUAUAUUCGGAAUGGUGGACAUUUGCAGUGCGGAUAAAGUGGUGUACGUACGGAAACGCGUGCUGGUGCUGUUUAGAUACGAUUCGCCAUCCUUGCGAAAGGACUGCGUGAAGAUCUUCCAAGUAGUGGGUAUGCGCAAGAUGAACCGGAUGCCAGAUGUACCACCACCCAAAGUGGCAUUCCGCCUACUAGAAUGGAAUAUGCACCAAUCAGAGUUCCUUCCCAAUUCUGAUUUUGUCGAAUUAUACGAAGGAAACGUUUAUAACCAGACGGAUUACAGACUUUUGAAACGGAUCAACGCAAGCAGCAAUGUUCGGGAAACAUUUGACAGCGCCAAGGAAACCUUAACCGUCCAUCUGUCCGCCACAACCGCUCCCAAUUCCCUAACCUACGGCUUCAUCGCCGAAGUAGUGACCUUACCACCGGCUUACGUCGGCGUCAGCCGCGAAGCCAGGCUUAACGUUACAUCAUCCGUCCUCCAGAACAACCGACGCGGUGGCCUGCAUUUGUAUACUACCGGCGAAUUCAACCCGGUCAUCGGAAUCGAACGCUGCCUCUUCCACUCCAACGGGGAAAAGGUCUUUCACAAUUUUUCCACAUCAUAUCGUGCAGCUUAUUUGGACAUCCAGAACACUCCACACAUCGAGCUGCACAAUAACAAUUUCGAGAACAACCAAGGCGGAUUGCAUGUGGUGGCGAAUUCGAUGACGGCGGCUACGCGCAGUCAAGCGCACAUCCGCGGAAAUGUCUUCUACGGCAACCGCAAUACACCGGCAUUACUGGUGUUGGGGCGCAGUAUCAGCCCUUAUCAAGAAGCCACCAUAACGCACAAUUAUCUCUUCGACAACACCGGUCAGUUUACCGACAAUAUCCAUCUGGGACGCAUCGUGGGAAAUUUCUCCGUAAAUCAGGUGAUGUUCAAUUUGGGCCGGUACAAUAUGUUCCUGGAUGGAUUCGGGCAUGUUCGGCUAACGGACUAUCAAACCAUAUACAAGAACAGUUUCAUUCGCAAUGCCGCGUACGGCCGACCCGAACUGCAUUUGAUUGACUUUAAAGCACGCGACAAAGCGACCAUCUUGGCUACCGGAAGCGGACAGACCAUCACGUACAACGUGCUGAACAAUCCAGAAAACGAUUUAGAUCUACACACCAGCAAUCAGACUGAACUGUUUCCCACUCUGCCGGGUGUUAUUAACGCGCGGUAUAAUUACUGGGGAGCGUCGUAUGAAGCCGGUGUGGCUGGAAAAAUUAAGGACAAACGCGAUGAUCGCUGGUUACAUGAAGUGGAAUUCACGCCUUUUCUGCCGACAAACACGUCACUGAUGGAUGGGAAAUGUUACCCCGGUUUCACCCUCCUCCAAGAUUCCUGUUAUAUCUAUAUCGGUGGUGUAACGACUUUCGCCAAAGCUUUGCAGUUUUGUCGUAUGAUCAAUGCAUCUCUACCAUAUGCUGAUAAAUUAGAAUACCAAUUAACACGCUUUAUUCACGACCAGCAACGCAAUUUCGAUUGGCGCGUGGAUGGUGCGUGGGUGCAGAGUUACUCCUAUUCCAACCCCACGGAUCGCUGUGUAUAUUUGCGCAAUCAGCGGGCGUGGCCGGCCGAGAACUGCGAUGAACCGCACCCGUUCAUCUGUGAACGAGACACGGCGUACGUUAUCACCUCCAAAGCCUGGCAUACGCGGAUGGCCUACUUAGCGGCGAUUGUCAUUGGUUUGGUGACCUUAGUGUUUGUACUCGUGCUUGGAUGUUGCUGGUUGCGCAAGUCAAAACAGCGCCGGAAAGAGGCCUUUAAGCGCCGCGAGAGCAUCCGCGAAUCCAUCCGUUUCAGCCGAACGAGUUUGGCGUUUGCCUCCACGACGAAUCUUAACGGAGGACUGAAUGUCUCACGCACCAAUCUGCUCCAGAUUCCCAAUCCACCGAUUGUCGAAACCCACUUCCCUUCCAAUGAGGAUGCCAGCAGUAUUUCUAAGAGUAAUCAUACGUUUAAUUCCUCGGUGGAAAUCAGUCCCGAUUAUGAGUUUUUCGAAGCGCGCAACGAUGCCCUGAUAUUCGAUCCGUAUUCGAAAGUGGCUCACAUUAUACGGAAACAUCUGACACCCUCGGAUCUGACCUUUAAUAAUGUUGCGUACAUCGAUAGCUCUAAUAGUCGGACGAGUACGCGAGCGGAUACGAUGAGUUUCGAUACGAUUGAUGUUAAGCCGGAUUUCUCUGCGGCGUUUCCGGAGGACGAAGAAUAUGAAGACGAGAGUCCCAGGACGCGCCGCUAUCGCAACACCGUCCUGCUAGAAACUGAUAUGUAGUGCUAUGAUCGGUGUUGUAACUUUCCUGUUUACCAAAGUUUUUUUAAAAUUUGCAUCUUUUAUAACAUGGUUAAUUUGUUACUGCAAUUUUUACUGAUUAAA